AUGACGAAAUUACAACCAGUGUACUUUACUAUAUGCAUGGACACUCAGAUUACCGUUAAGGCCCAUGAGCCUCUUGUUAUUGAAAUAAACUUAAGCAGAAAAGAGGGGACAAAAGUUUCUCAAAGUUCCAGACGCCACAACGAAUUUCCAGCGAGUUUUGCUAAUGACGGGAACAGAAUCCAGACAGAUUAUAGACGAUGUUCACACACAGCUAUCAAUCAGACCAUAGCGUGGUUCCAAGUGGACCUUGGUAGCGAGAGCAGUUUGAAAUCUGUGAAAAUGUACUACAGAAAUCAGCCUGAUUGGCCACCAUACCGAUUUCGCCAGUUCUACUUAGAUGUAUCAAACGCAUCAGCGAGCUCAACUACAACCUUAACGUCAGAGAGAAAACGCUGUUACAAGGACAACACAACCGCCCCGGUCACGCCUCCACCCGUGAUUGACAUUCCUUGUAAAGAGACGGCGAAAUACGUCAUCGUGGAAACCACGUAUGAUGCCCCAGAAGAUGAUAAGUUUAACUAUAAUGGACCUAUACUGGAGAUUUGUGAGAUAGAAGUAUAUGGUUGCAGUGUAGGCAGAUAUGGAGAAUCCUGUUCUGAAUGUCAAGGUUGUUCAACAUGUGACAUCAUUAGUGGAGAUUGUUGUAAGUAUAUGGAACAGCAUCAUUUUGUACUUGGACAAUAUUGUAGUGAUACCUGUGUAAAUGCUGCAUGCAAUCCAUCUAAUGGAUACUGCACCAAAGGCUGUAACACGGGGUACUGGGGAAACACGUGUAAGUCACAGUGUAACCAACACUGCAUAGGAAACACGUGUGAACAAGGAAACGGAACUUGUACCACUGGUUGUGUAGACUUUUAUUAUGGAUACACAUGUGAACACCAGUGUGGCCCCCAGUGUAGUCCCCGGACUUGUGACAGGGUCACUGGAGCGUGUAGUGACUGUAAUGCUGGGUAUCACGGUCUAUUCUGUAACAGAACAUGCAGUCCUUACUGUAAGUCAGGUACAUGUGAUGCACACAACGGACACUGCACUGGGGGAUGUAAAACAAACUGGGCAGGAGAUCUCUGUGACAUUUCUCACCCUUUGUUAUACAUCUAUACGGAGGAGGCCAAUAAACUAUCAAACAUCUUUGAUCUGUUUGAGCACAGUGAGAAAUCUGGAUUGCUUCAAAAAGUUAGAAAUCUGGACCGCUUCAAACGGUGA